CGACGACGACGAGCUAUGGCCCGUUCAGAAAACAUCAGUCUGCCCCUGGGGGGGAGGGGGGGGCGCAAAAACCCUACCACGGAGAAAUUCUUACGUUACUUACCAUUACUUACCACUAUUACAUCAGCAAUUAACAAUUUAUCUUUGAUAUUAUUAUAAGAGUUUAAUCAACUUUUAUCAAUUUUUCAAUGGAAAAAUUGUCUAAUUUCUAGUGUUUUAUCUGUCGGUGGAGACAAUUAACGAGUAUAACCAAACCAAGUGUUCCCCACCGGCCCCUCUACUGCCUCUACGCACUGUCUUGCCCCGGUUUUUCGUGAAGGGCAUGGGCGUGCAUGUGUCGUCGCUCAGUUCUGUGAGAAUUCUAAUGGCAGAUUGCGGUUGAGGUGUACGUGAGGAUUGUUUAGUAAAGGGAGCAAUUAUAUAAAAGGAAUAGUUGACAGUAAUCAUGAUGAUUUAUGCUACUGCGGAUGAUGCUGUUGUAUUCAUUGACGACUAUUUGGCAUUGUUUCUCCAAAAUAGUCAUGCACAAAGGUUUUUAGAUGAUAAUGUAGAACAUCCAGAGACUAUUGAUAAUCUAUUGAGAAGAUUCAACUCUUCGAAUCGAGGAUAAAUAUCGAUAUUGAGGAAUUUGGUGUGAACAAUGGAUUCUCCACCUUCGUGUUCACUUAGUGCCACUGGACCUCUCAGUGAUAUUGGCAGCAGUGGACUUGGUGGAUCUAUAUCCAGUGAUUCUGUCAGAGCACAACUUGCUAUUGAGAUGCAGGAGAGUGACAUCGAGUCAAAGUCUCUCUCCCAAGACUCGUUCGACUACUCGGACGGUAUGUGCCACCAGAAUUUCAAUACCCUAAAAAAAGGUCCAGGCUGGGCAGACCUGGAUCCGAAGCUCUCAGUGGAAGACGUGGCAAUAAAGCCCCCCCCAGAGUUCCAAGACAGUCCCUCUCCCCCAGACUCAAUCAGGGGGAUAUCAAAUGCCCCAUUGAUACUGCAUUACCGUUUGCGAAAAGUGAAAAUUCCCUCGUGGAUUGACGAGUUGGCAGAUUCCCUCAUCCAUCAGAUGAUCUCCGAAGCUCUUGCUCUGGCUUGUCGUGUCUCGUGGCCAGAAAGUCAGCUAAGUCACCUCAGUCUCAGUCUCAGUGUCUCUCAGUCUCGCCCUGACAGGCAGCGGCUGUCUGUCAGUUGUCAGGCUCAUCAGCCCCCGAAACAGCGCUUCUGGGCAUCUGAAAUGCUACCCUCCUCCUCGUCACGCCAGGCUAGUCACACAGCUACAAUAACAAUCACCCCCUACAAUACCUUAAACCGUCCCAACUCGAGAUGUUCCCUAGCCUCCUCUCGUCUCUCCUCUUCCCACAACUCAAUAAAUACCUCGGGCCUCUGCAAAGCCGACGACAGUAGUUUCAUCACCUCAGCAAUGUCUCACGACGUUUUGACAACCUCCGAGAUAAGUGACAUGUACAAUGUUCCAUUUGAUUCGGACAUCUACACUGUUCCCAUUGACGUUAUUCGCCCUCUUCAUGAGCUUCGUACCCCUCAGCGUCCAAAACGCCACCGUCAUCACCGAAAACGCCGAAGAAAUGUCUCAGCAAGCUCUCAGAGUGAACUUGAGGCUCACAUUCAACAGGCGAGACACUACUGUGGAAAACCACGUGCCAUAACUCAUGUCAUCAAGUCUCAGAGACUCUUGGCUGAGGUCUGCUGUAGCGACACUGGAAAUGGAAAACGUCACAGUGUUCCAGGUACAUCAGGACGUCAUCGUGCCCCCAGUCAUCAGCACAACAAUAUCGGAGAACCUAUUCACAUGACCCUGCACGAGGUGAGACAGUACCUGGAGACGCUGUACUCAAGCUCCAGUGACUCUAGUGAAAAUAAAAUCAAGAGAGAUAAAUUACCCAGUCAGACGCCUAUUCAUCUUGGCAUAUCAAAGGGUCUUACUGUAAAUAAUAACAACAAUAAUAAUAAUAAUCAUAAUAAUAACAAUAAUAAUAAUAAUAAUAACAAUAAUAAUAACAACAAUAAUAAUAAUAAUAAUAAUAGGUACAGUAAUCCGCAUACGGAUUCUUCCACUGAUACUCCACUAUCUAAUAAAAGCACCAAUGGACUGAUUAACAAUAAUAAUAACAAUGGAAAUGGUAGAAAGCAUAAGAAAUGUGGAUUGGUAAAUAAAUAUAAAAAGAAAGAGGAGGGAAAGGAGGGGGGUGGCAAGGGUGGCGAAGUGGAGAGAGAGAAGAUGAAGAAGAGUCAAAGGAACUUUUCGUUGAACUUGAAGCAGACAUUGUGCAAUAUAUUUAGAUUUAGGAGGCUUGGCUCGCCGGAGAAUUUUGCUGAUAAAAGGAAUAGUAUUGUACAGGGUGACAUUGUAGAGGAGGAGGAGCAGGAGCAGGAGCACGAGCACGAGAGGGGGGAGAAUGACGGCCUCGGUAUUGCUAUUAAUAAUAAUAAUAGUGGUGGGGAGGUGGGGGAAGUGAAGUUGCCAUUUUUUAAGAGGGCUUUGCCACCGCUUCCCAGGAGUAAUGGAGGUGUCGGACAUGUGGAGCAGGGGGAGGAUGCAUUGACGUCCAUUGGAAUCGAAAAGGGGGAUUCACCGGCUUCGGUGCAACAGAUUAACAGCCCUGGAAGGGAGGGAGGAGAAGUGCUGCCGCCAGAAGAUACGAGCAUGGACUUUGCCGCAAGCAUUGAGAAGGUCAAGGAUUAUGGUUGGUAUUGGGGGCCAAUGUCCGGUGAGGCUGCCGAGAAGAUCCUGUCGAAUGAGCCCGAUGGAUCAUUCAUCGUGAGGGAUAGCAGUGAUGAUCAUUAUAUAUUUUCAUUAUCCUUCAGGUUGAAUAGCUGUGUAAGACAUGUGAGGAUAGAACACGAUCAAGGUAACUUCAGUUUUGGCAGUUGCACAAAAUUCAAAUCUCACACGAUAGUAGAUUUCAUUGAGAAUGCAGUGGAGCACUCACGAAGUGGUCGCUAUUUAUUUUUUCUUCAUCGUCGUCCUGUAUUGGGUCCCAUGAGAGUUCAAUUGCUUCAUCCAGUAUCAAGAUUCAAACAAGUCCAGUCACUUCAACACACCUGUCGUUUCGUCAUUCUAAAAAUGGUUCGCAGAGACCUAAUUCCCACCCUACCACUACCACGUAGACUUAUCGACUACUUAAGUACACCCCAUUACUACAGCGAACAAUUGGCUGAGCAGGAUGAUCGAGCUGAAUCACCAGUUAGUUCGUCCACUGGUGAAUUAGAGAAGAUUUGUUUUACACCCCAGGGCGGCCUAUCGUGAGAGUUUCCUCGCAAGGCAAUUAUUUCAUAUGAAUCAGUGUUCCUGCGAUUGCACAUUGAAAUGCAGCUGCAUAAAUUUCACUAGUUUGAAAGUAAAAGAAACAAAAUUAUUACUAAUAUUAGUAAUAAAUUUACAUCAUUCAUAUUGACCACAUUCUUCAUAGUAUCAACCAGUUGACAAGUGAUUAAACAAGUGUAAAGAUGGGACUCAUGUAUAUGUAUAUGCGCGAUCGACCAAAGUAAAAUUGCUGAAAAUUUAGGAAAAACCAAAAAUUAACAGAUGGAGAAAAGUGAAAAUAUUACCAAGUGUCAUUGAUUGACGUUUGUUACAUCUUUUACUUUUUUAACAAUUUUUUACUUUGAAUGAAAAUGUCAGACAAACGAUGAAUGCGAAUGCGAGACAACGUUGAUACACCUAUAAUUGCCUAAAAAUUGCAAAUAAGCUACAUGAGUCGCGCUUCAUGGUGUGAUUAUUCAAAUUAAUGAACUUAUAUCGUGACUGUGAUGCUUGUUCAUCAAGCCAAGCACAAUUUUCAAGUUGAUGAAGCCAACGUUUCAUUCAAUUGUUUCAUGACUUUAUUAUUUUUUAAUUUAUUAUUGUUUUAUUAUUAUCUCGAUAAUCAGUGAGUUUAUAAGGGAAUGUAAGCAGACAUUUUCUUCCGAGAAUUCAAUUCUCUACAAAAUAAAAAGAGCUAUCGAUAUUUGUCAAUUAAUUGAGUCAUUCUUGAGAUAAUUGAACAAUUACCGAACAUUGAUUUUUUUCCUCAUUGCGAUUACUAUCUUCAAUCCAUAAGUCACCGUGAAUUAUUAUUAUUACCAUUAUCAUUAUUUUCGAUAACCAAUCGAAAAUAGACAUGUUAUAAAUUCAAUAAAAAUCAGUGCAAAAAAAGUGGUGAAAUGUAAUGUAACUUAAUCUUUUUAUCAAUAAUCGAUUUUCAUUUUUGUGAUAAAUGAAACAUGUUUUUGUUACUCUCCUCUAUUCCAAGGCAAUUUAACAAUACCAGAAUAAAUUAAUCAAACUAGUUAAAUCAACUUUUCAUUGAAAAUUUCUUUUCUAGGAUCAAAGAUAUUUACAAAAAACCGAUGGCUACUUGGUGGGAAAAAAAAAAAAAAAUGAAUAUGUAAUCUUUACGUUUCACCACUUAGUAAUAGCUGAAUUGAACGAUAAUGACCCACUGUCAACUUUAAUUGGAAUUAUAAAAUGUUUAUCAAUAUAUAUAUAUAUAUAUAUAUAUAUAUAAUGUUGUUAAUUGUUGCAAUGAGAGGAACAUGCUAGUCAUUAACAAUAGAAUUUAAGAUUGGGCCUCGAACUGACUCGAUCAAGGAUACCAGGGUUAUGUAGUAGAGAAUGAAAAUAAGAAUACGAAAUGUUCCAAGCUCAUAUGCAAGUUCAUGAAUAUAGGCUAUUAAUUAUUAAUUAUUAUCAUGUGGAAAUGACUUUUUGUACAGUAGAAUUUUUCAAGCUAUUGGAUAGAAAGAAAGGAAAGAUUAUAAGUAAUUAAUUAUUACGUAAGUAGUGAAUUUACUCCCCUUUGUAUUUUUAUUACUGAUAAGUGUGGGGUUAUUAAUUGGUUCGAGGCCCCUGUCUUAACUCUAUAACAUGACAUGUUAUAGGGGAUUUUUUUUUUCAACCGAAAGUUUCCCAAUGACGAUGAAAUUUCAUAUGAGAUGAUAAUUGUUGUUCUACAACAGAAUGAUCUAUAAAUAGAUAUUGGGAUAAUGCUCAUAGAAAUUCAGUUUCUUUUUCUGUCAAGUUUUUCCCAAAACCUUAAAUUCCUCCUUAAAAAAUAGCCGAAACAUUGUAUGGUUUUUAAAUACAGAGCGUUUUCCUACAGAGAGUAACAAUUCCCAUAGAAUAUCCGGGGCAAUAAUCACCUUUUGUAGCAUUGAUCAUUACAAAAAUUUCCUUCCAUCUUCUCAUGGGAUUAAAUCAUAAAAAUUUCCCAUUUGAAAAUCUCUAAAAGAGUCCUACUGGACAUGUCAAUAGAAUUGUUUCAUAUGUGAUAAUUCUCUUCAGUAUUGUCUUCAGUUUACAGGUAGGGGAAAUAGAUCGUAUCUAUUAACUACUGUGUAAAAAAUAAUAAUGAAUAAUUCUUUGAUACAAAUAAUCUCUUUGAAUUUACGUGUAAUUCACAUUAUGUUAUGCAGACAAUUUGUACCAUUAAAACAUUUUUGUGUUCAUUGAAACGAAUACUUUCAUUCAUUAUUUUAUCAAUUGGAAUUAUUUUCCAUGCGAGAGAAUAAUUGCAGUCGAUCAUGUUGCAAGAAGAUAGUCCCAAUCGAUACAUAUAUCCCUAGUUUACAAAAAAAAAAAAUUGAACAGAAAAACAAUUUCAUCACCAAGUUCGAUUCGCUAAUUGAGGGUGAUUACAGUGAAUUGAGAUAAAUUAAUGAGCGAUAUGAGAAGCACUCACGUGAUUUUCCUACUAGAACAUAGUUGGAACAUAGAUGGUUUGUAUAUUUUCAAAAAAGAUAACUCUUGACAUUUUCACUCUGACAAAGCAUUUGUUUUCAAUAUAUUUGCAUCAUUAAAAAAAAACUGGAAUCAUUUGGGUUACCUGAAGCGAAAUCAGAUUAAAGUGUUAACCAUGGAAUUAUCUCAUCAACGAGGAAAACUUUCGUUAGCUACAAGAAAAGUUACUUUACAGCCGAGAUUAUUUCAUAAUUAACAACGACGUUUCACCACUUUAAUGAGAAAUGAUUAUAUACAAUUAGCAUUCACUCAAUUAAUGAGUGAGAGAGAGAGAGAGAGAGAGAGAGAAA